UGUUGCAUUUAACGUAGAGAAAAAAAAGCAGAAAAAAACUGAAAAACGAUUUCAAAAUGACUGUAAAGACCAUAGAUAUAAAUGGCUUGCAAAUUGUUUAUUGCCUGGAAUUCAACGAGGAUGAGGAUCUGCAAUUUUAUUGCCAUGACGUCAAAAGCGAUUUAAGCUACAGCGAAGUGCUCCCAGCUGCAUCCUUUAUGCAGCGUAAUCGCCAAUUGAACAAACGUGUACAUUUCCCGACCAAAGCAGUGCGUCUAUCUUUAUCCUCAGCCACGCCUGUGGAGGCUACAUUGAGCACCAUAAUAUCGGAGGAGACUGAUACUGAGCCAACCACCGUGCUUAAUCUCAAGUAUCGCGUUGAAGGCGCACCAGCACCGCUUAGAUGGGAAUGGCAUAUGCAGAGCAUAAACAAUGCUACAUUUUAUCGCUGUGCUUUGCAAGAUGCUGUGGGUGUUGCCAUCAAUUUAAAUACCAUGCUAGAACUAUUGCUAGAUGUGGUUAAAAAAAAGGAUCUUGAAAUUGAACAAUAUCGCUUUGAAGGCGCACAGCUGCGCAGAUCCACUGUGGCCACAGAGCCAUUCGAUGUUGAUGCUUUCGAUACUGAGAACAGAGAGCUUGUAUUUGCUGUCGCAGAAUUUGAGCAAGUGGCUCGAUUGCUAAAUUUCACAUCAAAUGGCAUGCCCAUUAUAAAUCCAGAGCCAAUUGAGGGCUCACCAAAGUUAGCUGAGGCCGCGGCCAAAGUGCUCAGUCCACGGAACAGAAAACGCAAAGCCAUGGAAGGUGGACUACAACAUGUUGAACGCAAAGUGCUGCAGCGUCGCUUGAUGCCUCAACUGGAGUACAAGGAUGGCGAGAGUCAGGAGGAUAACUUGGAUGACAGUGAGCAUGCUGAAGAUAUGAACAAUGAGCAGCUGGACAAUGAAGUUGACAAUAUCGUUGAGGUGGCAUACAUGGAAGAGGAAGAAGACUCCGACGAAGCUGCUGCUCAGCUGGUGGUUGUAGAUCCGGCUGAAGGGCACAAUGAAUUGGAUCAGAUUAUGGAAGUGAUAAUGCGCACCGAGGAGAGCACCAAGAAAAUGCUGAAUGAGCACAAAUAGAACAUAAAACCGAUAGAGAUAGCAACAUGUUUACAUUGCAGCUUAGAUCAAUUGCCUGAGAACAUGUGAACCUGAAGCGAAAACCAAACGAAUGAAUAUUUUUUUUCUUUUUAGUAACUAAUACAUAUUGACUGAGCUAAUUUAUAAACACCUUAACAAGUAUAAUAAUAUAAUACCAACAUAUAUAACAAGUGCCUUGCAUGGACAGCAGCAAGGCAAGGACGCCAGGGAAUGCAAUAUGUACCUGCUUUUUUUUUUAGCAUGUAUGCUGGUAAUACUACUAUUUGUAAACAUAAGUAUUAUGUUAAUACAAUUGACACACACAC